GGGCCGCACAGGAAGUGGGGGGGCGGGGACAGGGAGGGACCGAGCGGCCGGGACAGAGCUCGGGGCCUGCAGAGCCUGGAGGUGGACCGGCCCCCGUCGGCCGCCGAGCUCGUAGCUCCGUCCUCCGCCCCACGGCGCAGCUCCCUGCUCCUCCCCUCCUUUGAGCCCUAGGGGACACUCCCUCGCCCUGGACGGGACUCGCAGCCAGAGCUCCCACUGGGGCAUCAGGGCUGAGAUACCCUAGGGAGCCCCAGGACCUUUGAAAAGGCGGGGCAGGGUGCGCACGGAACGACCCUCCCAGCAACCCGGGAGAAUCUGCUGCCCAAACCUGCUUUGGCACCAGGAGUAGCAGCCCCAAGAAUGAGGACCCCCUCCCCACAUCAAACUGGGAACAAACUCCUCCCCCACUCUGGUCCCCGCGGCCACUCAGCAUGUCCCAGCAGCACUCGGACAGCUCCUUGGAGGAGAAGCUCCUGGAACACCGCUUCCACUCGGAGCUGCAACUUGACACCGAGGGAAACCCAGCGUCCCGGCUCCCGAUGGUCCGGGGCCCCCUGCAAAGCAGGAGCAAUGCCGCCUUCCAGCCCGACACCCCCGUGCCCCCGUCGCCGUCCCCUGAGGCCCAGGAGCCCAGGACCAUCGUCCUGAGCACGCAGAGCCCGGCAGCCCUCAAGAUGGGCACUCAGCAGCUGAUCCCCCGGAGCCUGGCUGUGUCCAGCAAGGCUAAGACCCCGGCCCGCCAUCAGAGCUUUGGGGCGGCCAUGCUCAGCAAAGAGGCUGCCCGGCGGGACCCCCGGCUCCUCCCGGCCCCCAGCUUCUCCCUGGACGACAUGGACAUGGACACGGGUCCUGGGGGGAUGCUGAGACGAAAUCUGAGGAACCAAUCCUACCGGGCGGCCAUGAAGGGGCUGGGGACCCCCAGCGGUGAGGGCGGCCCCGUCCAGCUCAGCCCCAAGAUCCCGGCCCUGGCCGAGGAGCCCAGCCAGCCUCCUGCUCGGUCCGCGGCCAAAAAUAAGAAGACGCUGGGGCGGAAACGCGCACACAAGGGCUCCUUCAAGGACGAUCCCCGGUUCUACCAGGAGAUCCGGGAGCGAGGCCUGAACGCCAUCCACGAGUCCGACGACGACUUACUCGAUGAGUCCUCCAGCCCUGAGGAGACCCAAAAGGCGGAUGCCCGCAUCGUGGUCAAGAGCUACCGGCCCCCCCAGGUCACCUGGAGUCAGCUCCCAGAGGUGGUGGAGUCGGGCAUCCUGGACAAGCUGCCCGCCGAGGAGCACGAGAGGCAGGAGGCCAUCUUCGAGAUCCUCAUAUCCGAGUUCUCGUACCAGCACAGCCUCGGCAUCCUGGUGGCCGAGUUCCUACAGUCCCGGGAGCUGCGGGCGACCAUGACCCAGACAGAGCACCACCACCUCUUCUCCAACAUCACCGACGUGCUGAGCGCCAGCCAGAGGUUCUUCGAGGACCUGGAGAAGCGGCACAGGGCGCAGGUGUGCGUGGAGGACGUCAGUGACAUCCUGGAGGAGCACGCCGAGCGGCACUUCCACCCCUACGUCUCCUACUGCUCCAACGAGGUCUACCAGCAGCGCGCCCUGCAGCAGCUGACAAGCAGCAGCGCUGCCUUCCGAGAGGCCCUGAGGGAGAUCGAGCAACGGCCCGCGUGCGGGGGUCUGCCCAUGAUCUCCUUCCUGAUCCUGCCCAUGCAGAGGGUGACCCGGCUGCCCCUGCUGACGGACACACUCUGCCUGAAGACUCAGGGCCACCCCGAGAGAUACAAGGCCGCCAGCCGUGCACUCAAGGCCAUCAGCAAGCUGGUGAAGCAGUGCAACGAGGGGGCCCACCGGAUGGAGCGCAUGGAGCAGAUGUACACGCUGCACACACAGCUGGACUUCAGCAAGGUCAAGUCCCUGCCGCUGAUCUCUGCUUCCCGCUGGCUGCUGAAGCGUGGGGAGCUCUUUGUGGUGGAAGAAACCGGGCUUUUCCGAAAACUCUCCAGCCGGCCCACAUGCUACCUGUUCCUGUUCAACGACGUCCUCGUGGUCACCAAGAAGAAGAGACCUCUGCAGCAUCUGGCCGACCGCCUGUCUCCCUGCAGUGAGGACAGCUUCCUGGUCCAGGACUACGCCCAGCUGGACCACAUCCAGGUCCAGAAGAUGGAGCCCUCGGAGGCCUCUCUGCCGGGGGGCGGCAACCGCAGCUCCUUCGUACCGCACACCUUCCAGCUGACCCUGCUGCACAACAGUGAGGGCCGCCAGGAGAAGAUCCUGCUAUCCUCCGACUCAGCGAGUGACCGCGCGCGGUGGAUCACAGCACUCACGCGCUGGGAGAGGCAGCAGCCAGACCCCACUAACAAAGGAGACCUGCUCCAGGUGGAGAUCACCAAGGCCUACUUGGCGAAGCAGGCGGACGAGAUCACACUGCAGCAGGCAGAUGUGGUGCUGGUCCUGGAGCAAGAGGACGGAUGGCUCUAUGGCGAGAGGCUGCGGGAUGGAGAGACGGGCUGGUUCCCUGAGGACUUAGCCCGGAGCAUCACGAGCCGCGUGGCCGUGGAGGGCAACAUGCGCAGGAUGGAGCGGCUGCGGGUGGAGACGGACGUGUAGCCAGACCUGCCGGCACCUCGCCGGGCCAGGCUGCGGCCGUGCAGCGUUGGUCCACACUCCAGCAAGUGGAGUUCAUCCCCAGGGAGCGCAGUGGGCUUGCCCCCAGGGCCUGAAAGCUCCCUGGCCCCCCAAGGCCCCAUGGGCUGCAGCGCAGGCUCCGGACACUUCCGAGGAGGAAGGCCAUACGCCCUCAGGAGGGGCAUCCUCCCGGCAAGCUCAGGAGCCGUGCCAGCCCUGACCCCAGGCUGCGUCCCUGGGAGGAGCCCAGCCAGGCCUGCUUGCUGGCCACGCCGUCCCCCAGCUCCUGGCUGCCCCGCCCUGCUCCCUGUGCACCCACAGGGCAGUUAUGCCAUGGGCGAGUGAUCGAGGCGGAUGGCCCUGAGAAGAGCAUGGGUGACCUGGAGGGCUCGCCCUCCUGCACCCCUCCUGCCCCAGCCUUGAGUACCCAGGGCUGCCCCACGUUCCCAGAGGCGGACCAGCUGCCGGCAGGUGACCCUGCAGAGCCAACACUGGAAUUGUGACUUUGAGACAUUAAAGUACUUCUUUAACACCUGGA